AUGCCGCUGUUCACAGACAUGUUGUUACUCGUCUUGUUUGCUGGCCUUGGAAAACCUGUCUGUCGACCAUAUGGAGCUCAGGAAUUCUCACAGUUUUCAAAAGAAGGCAAUAUCACAAUAGGAGGGAUUUUUUCAUUUCAUCAAAAUCCUGUAAGUGUGGAUCCAACACUACAAGUCAACCCUGGACGUAUUCAAUGUCAGGGGCUAGAUCAAGGAGAACUGCAGUUUGCUCAAACUAUGAUUUUUGCCAUUGAAGAGAUAAAUAACAGCUCUAAGAUUCUCCCAGGCAUUUCUUUGGGCUACAGGAUAUAUGACUCCUGUCCAAGCAUUCCUCUCUCUGUAAGGGCAUCCCUGGCUCUAAUGAAUGGACCUCAGGAGGGCACAAAGACCUGCCUCAAACCUUCAGCGGUGCAUGCAGUAAUCGGAGAGACAUAUUCUACUUCAACCAUCGGGAUCGCAAGAACAGUGGGACCAUUCCACAUACCUGUGCUCAGUCAUUCAGCUACAUGUGCAUGUCUCAGUAACAGACAGGAGUACCCAAAUUUCUUCAGAACCAUUCCCAGUGACUACUAUCAAAGCAGAGCCUUAGCAAAGCUGGUCAAGCACUUUGGGUGGACCUGGGUUGGUGCAAUCAGGACAAAUGAUGACUAUGGCAAUAAUGGAAUGGCUACAUUUUUAAAAGCAGCCAAAAGUGAGGGCAUUUGCAUAGAGUACUCAGUGCCCAUCUACAGGACUGACCCUAGACAGAAAUUUCUCGAAGUUGUGGAGAUCAUUAAAAAAUCAUCUUCAAAAGUGAUUGUUGCUUUUGCAAAUUGUAAUGAUUUAGACAUGCUCAUCAAAGAACUGCUUUUGCAGAAUGUGACAGGUUUUCAGUGGGUGGGCAGCGAAGGCUGGAUCACAGCCUGGUGCAUUGCCACCCGAGUGAGCUAUGCAGUGGUAGGAGGGGCCAUUGGCCUUACAGUUCCUAACAUUCACAUACCAGGACUGAGGGAGUUUAUCAUGAACACACGCCCAUCAACCAAGCCUGGGAACCUGGGCUUGGUAGAGCUCUGGGAAAGUAUUUUCAGCUGCAUUCUAUCACCUCGUAAGGAUGACAUCAAGAAAGCGUGCACAGGAUCAGAGUCUUUGUAUGGAAAACUUACCCGCUACACAGACAUAUCUGACACCAGCUUGUUGAACAAUGUGUAUAAGGCUGUAUAUGCUGUGGCCCAUUCACUGCACAAUCUUGUCAAGUGCAAAGACGGACAUGGACCAUUCAUGAACAGAAGCUGCGCAGACAAGGCCACAAUAGAGCCAUGGCAGGUGCUUCAUUAUUUAACCCAGGUAAACUUCACCACUAAACAUGGUGAGAGAAUUCACUUUGAUAAACAGGGGGAUCCCGCAGCAAGGUACUCCUUGGUAAACUGGCAGCUGAAUUCCCAUGGAGUCGUUGACUUCGAGAUCAUAGGUCUGUAUGAUGCAUCUCUGCCAGAGGGGCAGCAGUUUGUGAUGAAGGAUGAUGUGCAGGCUGUAUGGGCAGAUGGUCGGCAGGAGGUGCCAAGAUCAGUCUGCAGUGAGAGCUGCCUUCCUGGGACACACAUGGCUUUUGUGAAGGGGAAACCUAUCUGCUGCUUUGACUGUAUUCCAUGUGCAGAUGGAGAAUUCAGCAACACUACAAAUGCGCUGACAUGUGUCCCAUGCCUUCCGGAGUACAAGUCAUCUGAAGAAAGAAAUCACUGUGAAUUAAAAAGCAUUGAAUUCCUGACCUUUGAUGAACUAAUGGGGAUACUGUUGGUGUCAUUUUCUGUCAUUGGAGGCUGCCUUACAAUCACAAUAGCACUAAUAUUCUUCAUCUAUAAAGACACUCCCAUUGUGAAAGCCAACAACUCAGAGCUGAGCUUCCUGCUGCUCUUUUCAUUGAAACUGUGUUUCCUUUGCUCUAUUACCUUCAUCGGCCGGCCCUCUGAGUGGUCCUGUAUGCUGCGCCACACUGCGUUUGGCAUCACUUUUGUCCUCUGCAUCUCUUGUGUUCUGGGGAAAACAAUAGUGGUGUUAAUGGCCUUCAGAGCUACACUUCCAGGCAGUAAUACAAUGAAAUGGUUUGGGCCUCCACAGCAGAGAUUGAGCGUUCUUGCUUUCACUCUCAUACAGGUCCUUAUUUGUGUGCUUUGGUUAACAAUAUCUCCUCCAUUCCCCAACAAGAACAUGAAGCACUACAAAGAAAAGAUCAUUCUAGAAUGUGAUGUAGGAUCAGCAGUGGGGUUCUGGGCUGUACUGGGCUAUAUUGGGCUCCUCUCUGUAUUGUGCUUUCUUUUAGCUUUUCUGGCUCGUAAAUUGCCUGACAAUUUUAAUGAAGCCAAAUUCAUCACAUUCAGCAUGCUCAUUUUCUGUGCAGUCUGGAUCACCUUUAUACCUGCUUAUGUCAGCACACCUGGAAAGUUUACUGUGGCAGUGGAAAUAUUUGCCAUUUUAGCUUCCAGUUAUGGAAUGCUUUUUUGUAUUUUUAUCCCAAAAUGUUACAUUAUUUUACUGAAACCAGAGAAAAACACCAAAAGAAAUAUGAUGGGUAAAACAUAAAAUAAAAACAGUUAUUUCUAUCUUCUAUGUGCUAUUUUCUUCACAGAAAUCUAAUGCCAGCCAAUAGGCAAGUAGGUACUGCUACC